CUCGACAAAGAAUCAAACUGGUUUUCAACUCCAUUUUCUCUUCUAGUUCUGGAGAGAGUGAACGAGCAAAAGACGCAGCAAGGAGACUCGUAUAAAAUUCCGCCAUUUCUCAUCAUUAUAUCCAAAAUCAAAAAUACUAUUCAGAAAAAUGGAUCAGGUCCUCCCGAUUGCACUCAUCUCACUCCUUCUCGGUACUGCAAUCGCUCUUAUUUUCUUCAAGCACUACUUCCUCAAAAGAAAAUCCGAGAUUGGAUCCAUCUCCGAACCCGGACUUCAUCCGGAUCUUCAUAAAAAACCUCCUAAACCUAAUCACCAAUCCAGAAAACCUCACUCCAAACCUCACUCGCAUGCCUCCUCCGAUAAGGAUCAUAAUAAGAAACAUCAUCCAUUGGAUUUGAACACUUUGAAAGGUCACGGUGAUUCUGUUAGCGGCCUGUGUUUCUCGUAUGAUGGGCGCAGUUUGGCUACCGCUUGUGCAGAUGGAGUGGUGAGGGUGUUUAAAUUGGAUGAUGCUUCGAGUAAAAGUUUCAAGUUUUUGAGAAUUAAUGUGCCAGCUGGAGGUCAUCCGGUAGCAGUAGCGUUUUCUGAUGAUGCAUCAUCUGUGGUAGUAGCGUCGCAAACACUGUCUGGUUCGUCUUUAUAUAUGUGGGGAGAGGAAAAGGUAAAAGCUACUGAUGACUCUAAGCAGCAACCAAAGCUUCCGUUGCCUGAUAUCAAAUGGGAACAUCACAAAAUUCAUGAGAAACGGGCUGUUUUGACCCUGGUUGGAACCGCUUCUACUUAUGGAAGUGGUGAUGGAAGUACAAUUGUGGCCUCUUGUUCGGAAGGUACUGAUAUCAAAAUUUGGCAUGGAAAGACAGGAAAGGUUUUGGGGAAUGUCGAUACAAAUCAAUUGAAAAACAACAUGGCUACUAUAUCCCCAAAUGGGCGUUUCAUUGCUGCUGCAGCUUUUACUGCAGAUGUGAAGGUAUGGGAGAUUGUAUAUUCAAAAGAUGGUUCUGUCAAGGAGGUUCCAAAAGCCAUGCAACUUAAAGGGCACAAAAGUGCAGUAACAUGGUUAUGCUUCACUCCAGACUCAGAGCAAAUCAUCACAGCCUCCAAAGAUGGUUCGAUAAGAAUUUGGAACAUCAAUGUUCGUUAUCAUCUUGAUGAGGAUCCAAAGACUUUAAAGGUGUUUCCGAUUCCACUUCUUGAUUCAAAUGGUGCAACUCUGCAUUAUGAUCGUCUCAGUUUAUCCCCUGAUGGAAGGAUAUUGGCUGCAACACAUGGUUCGAUGUUGCAGUGGUUAUGUGUUGAAACUGGAAAGGUUUUGGACACGGCUGACAAUGCCCAUAAUGGUGACAUCACAUGGAUUGCAUGGGCGCCUAAACCUAUGCCAGCAGGUGAUGGACAGACCUUCGUUUUGGCCACGGCCAGCGUGGACAAGAAAGUGAAGUUAUGGGCAGCUCCACCGCUUAAGAUAUGAAGGGAUCAUUUAUUCCGGUGAUAGAUAUGAAGCUCACUCUCAUAGAUGAUUAGCCUUUAGCUUCAUGAGCUGAGCAGUAUGGUUCGCUCAGGUUCAGUAGCAUUAAUUACUUCGAAAGAGAGUUGAAUAGAGCAAAAAUCCCAGCUGAGUUGUUGGUCGAAGUUUGAAAUUUUGAAGUUGAGAAAAAACUAAUCAUUGUAUGGCUUAGAUAGCCUGAUCUAACUGAAAAGUCUUAGUAAUAGGUGAUGGCUUUGAAUGUAUGAUUAUUAUAGCACUUAAUCCUAUCUUCUGAGUA